AUGUCAUCGCCAGAAGUCGAGCCGCUCACUCUCCUCGCUGUCUUCCCUUCCCCUCGUCCAUUUUCUGCUCUCUUCUGGACCUCACUCUAUGAAGAAGUAGCUAUCAAUCGCUUUCUUACACUCGCCAUGGACAUCUGGAUGGCCAAGCCGUCGGCUUACACCGCUUUCUCGUGCAACUCGUUGGCCAAAUCGACCAGCGAAGGCCGAUCCGAAGCGCCCGAACAAGAGAGCAAGUUAGAAGGUCUCGUCACGGCGUCGUGGUACGCGCCGUCCGAGGCGAAUACCUCGUCGUGGCCCAUGCCAGUCAACGUUGACCUCGUCGCCUCGUCGGACGCCGCGGAUUCGUCCGUCGCUUCGACGUGUUCCGGAUCCGGCGACUCUGCCGCAGCCGUCGCGAAAUCUACGAAACCGGCGCCAGCUGCAAUCCAUGCACCUCCCGCUUACCGCGCCGCUGCUCCACCCGUUGCUCCGCGCGCCUGCAGUCGGCCGCUCGUGCUGAGCGCAUACGACGGAGUGCUGGACCCCGAGCUGUUCGAGGAAACCGGCGAGUUGGGGCGUGGCGGGUUUGGCACGGUGGUGGCGAUGCGGCGAGUGGAGAACGGUGAGGUGGUGGCGGUGAAGCGCGUGGAGCGAAAGCAGCUGGUGGCGGCGUCGAACGAGGCGAUGCUUUCGGCGUCGCUGAGCGAGUGUCCGGGCGUGCUGGGCGUGCGCGAGGUGCAUCUGGGCGAGCAGCACGCGUACAUGCUCUCCGACGUGUGCUCUGGCGGCGACCUCCGCGCCCUCCUGCAGCGACACAAGGCUGCUGCAAGCAAUGGCGCGGGAGACGCGGGGAGAGGCAAGGGGAAGCGGUGGUGGGGGAAGGCGGGCGGUGAGGGCGGGCGGGGAGGGGGAAUGGCGGAGGCGGAGGCGCUGGAAGUGGUGAAGCACGUGGGCGACGCCGUGGCGUUCUGCCACGAGCGAGGCGUGGUGCACUGCGACAUCAAGCCCGACAACAUCCUCUUCUCCACUCCCACGCCCCACUCCGCGCCCCUGCCUUUCUCCACCGCCGCUGCUCCUGCUGCGCCUGCGCGCGCCUCUCCUGCUGCCCUCGGCCUGUCCGCGCCCGUCUCCUCAGCGCGCACCUCCCCCCGCCUGGCAGCGGGGGCAGUGCGGCUGGCGGACUUUGGGUUGGCGCAGGUGGUGGCGGAGGGGCAACGCGGGUGCAGCACUCCCGCAGGCACGCCCGGGUACAUGGCGCCUGAGGUGGAGGCCCUCUGCCGCCCUCGCUGCCCGCCCGCCCCGGGCGCCGCCAAGCACGCUAGAAAAGCAGCGGGGAGAGCAGAGGCAGCGGGGUAUGGUUGCGCAGCUGACGUGUGGUCGCUGGGGGUGACGCUGUACGAGAUGAUUGCGGGCGAGCGGCCUUACUCAGGGGAGGCGCCUCAGCAGGGCGAGUGGCGCGCGCGUGUGGAGGGGGCAGCGUGGGAGGGCGUGUCGGAGGAGUGCCGCGCGCUGGUGAGCGGCAUGCUGAGAGUGCGCGUGGAGGAGAGGCUCACCAUGGCGCACGUGUGCCACCACCCCGCCUUGAUCCAAGCCUUCGGGGGCAGCGGGGGGAGCAGCGCGGGGAAGAGCAGGAGCGGAAGGUGGUGGUGA